AUGAAUUUAGGUGAGAGAAGAAAACUUGUUAGCAAGUUGAAAUUGUGUUUUAACUGUCUUAAGGGCAAACAUUUUUCAAAUACUUGUAGAAAACCAAAACAAUGUGUUGUACCUCUUUGUAGCUCUAAGCAUCAUACAUUGUUACACACUUGGGUAAAGCCAGAGUCUGACCAGACAGUUACACAGCCGUCUGUAAAUUGUGCUGCUACGAAUGGGUCAUUUUUAAAAACAUGUCUAGGGAUUAAACCUGCUACUGUAAUAGCUAGGAACGGUAACUCUUGCCAGACGGAUGAGUUGUUUGACGACGGCGCGGAUAAGACUCUGUGUGACGAACGGUUAUUGCAAAAGCUAAACUAUCCUGGGAAACCUGUUACCUUUCAAAUAUCCACCAUAAGUUCCGUUGCCAGUAGUACCGUAGGACAGGAAGUUGACCUGCACGUGAAACCUGUUUUCGGUGGCGAUGAAGUAAAACUUAACAAUGUAUGGUCGGUGAAAAGGCUACCAAUUACUACUAGGUCUGCUGCUACUGCGGAAGAUACUCGCAAAAUACCCUACCUAUCUGACUUGAAGAUUCCACGUGUCGACGUCACUGACGUCAUGUUAUUAAUAGGCACGGAUUCACCAGACGCAUACGUUCCCCUUGAAGUUCGCGCCGGAGAAAGUAAUCAGCCGUACGCAGUUAGGACGCGGCUUGGUUGGACAGUUCGUGGUCCUGUUCCAGGAAAUACUGAAAAUAACGGAGCGGGAACAGUGAGCAUUCAUUUUGGUCAAUCUAGUGACGUCACACUGCAACAACAGCUUGAGCGCAUGUGGACGUCGGAUUUUAAUGACGUGCUUCACAGUGAGAAAGAUUCUUUGUCCCUGGAAGAUAAGAAGGCUCUAUCUAUUAUGGAAUCAACUCUGACAUACAAAAAUGGCCACUACAAGAUGGGACUACCCUGGCGAAGUAAAGAUGCAUACUUUCCAAAUAACCUGGCACUUGCACAUGCGCGUCUUCAACAACUAAAAAAGAAGUUUUCCCGUGACGCAGAACUUUACGAAAAAUACUCGCCGACAGUAAUUGAUUAUAUAGAAAAGGGUUACGCUAAAGAAGUAACAUCUACAGAAGAUAAAAAUCGAACUUGGUAUUUACCUCAUCAUCCUGUUACAAACGAUAACAAACCUGGGAAGGUCCGAGUAGUAUUUGACUGCGCUGCGAAGUUCAAGUGUAUUUCAUUGAAUAGCCAACUACUUCAAGGUCCUGAUUUAAUGAACAAUCUAGUUGGAGUACUAACCCGUUUCAGACAAGAGAAAAUUGCUCUGAUUGCUGAUAUCGAGGCAAUGUUUCAUCAAGUGCGCGUGUGUGAAAAUGACUGCGACGCUCUUCGCUUCCUAUGGUGGCCUGAAGGGGACAUAACUAAACCUCCGAAGAUAUAUUUUAUGCAAGUCCACUUGUUCGGUGCUACAUCCUCCCCAAGCUGUACAGCGUAUGCACUUAAACGAAUAGCCGCUGAUAACGCUAAUAGUUAUGAACCGGAAGUUAUAUCAACAGUUAACAGAAAUUUUUACUUGGAUGACUGUUUAAAAUCCGUAUCAUCUGAAAAGAAGGCAGUGAAACUUGCAAGAUAUUUACAAUCACUGAUGAGUUUAGGUGGUUUCAGGUUGACCAAAUGGCUCAGUAACAGUAUGAAGGUUAUAGAUUCGAUACCUGAGGCAGAGCGUGCCCCAUCAGUCGUCAAGCUUGAACCUGGUACCUCUCUCCCUAGCGAUCGUGCUUUAGGUGUGAUGUGGAAUGUUAACGACGAUACACUCAGUUUCAAGGUUAAAUUGACAGAUAAACCUCUGACGAGACGUGGAAUAUUAUCAGUUGUUAGCUCCAUAUCCGAUCCACUAGGACUUGCAUCACCAGUAACAUUACAAGCAAAAGCAAUCAUACAGAAACUCUGCAAAGAGAAACUAGGAUGGGAUGAUGAAAUACCACAGUCACACUGCAAUGAAUGA